AUGGUGGCGGCGGCCGCGGAGAUGCAGGGGAUGUCGCCGUACGAGGCGGCGCGGGAGCGGAAUGUGCAGGAGAACAAGCGCAAGAUGGAGGCGCUCAACCUGCGCCACCUCUCCGCCGUCAUUAAGGAGGCCCCCAAGACCCCUUCCCCCCUGAAGCCGAAGAGGCGCAGGAUCAUUGAGGAGGCGGUCGUGGUUCCCUCGCCUCCCAGGAGGUCCCGCCGGCUUGCGCAACUCCCAGAAGUCAAGUACGCAGAGAUAGCACCACACAGUGCAGAUAGAAUGACAAGGUCUCCUAGAAAACCAGCUGACCUCAUCUACUUGGCAACACGCGGAACAAUUUCCAUGAAAGCUAGGUUGGAGGCAACAAGAAAGGCCGAGGAGCUAGAAUCACAACUUGACCCUGAAAUCCCAUCCUUUGUGAAGGCAAUGUUGCAUUCACAUGUGGUUCGAGGUUUUUGGCUGGGUCUCCCGAGCCAUUUCUGUGACACUUACAUGCCGAAGCAAGACGCCAUUAUCACCUUGCUGGAUGAGAAGGAUGAAGAAUUCGACACCAACUACCUUGCCUACAAGAAGGGGCUAAGUGGCGGUUGGGCUGGUUUUGCACUAUGCCAUGGGAUUCAGGAUGGAGAUGCAGCUGUUUUUCAGUUGAUUAAGCCCACGACCUUCAAGGUGUAUAUCAUCCGAGCAGCUUCUGAUGAUGGCAGUGAGCUAGAUGAGUGA